AUGAAGGCCUCUAUCAUCAGCACUGCCGUCUUGGCCACCGCAGCCUCUGCUGCACCUGCUCUCAUGAAGCGCCAGAGCUCCGACAUUGAUGGCACUAUCCUCAACUACGCUCUUACCCUCGAGCACCUUGAGGCCACCUUCUAUGCCGAAGCACUUGAGAAGUUCACUGCCCAGGACUUUGCUGCCGCUGGUUUCAACGAGACCGACUUCUACACCAACCUUCAGAUGAUCGCCAAGGAGGAGGCGACUCACGUCGACUUCUUGACCACCGCCUUGAAGGGAGCUGGUGUCACACCCGUCGAGGCUUGCACAUACGACUUUGGCAUGCUCACCCCCCAGAGCGUCAUGGCAACUGCAUCCCUCGUCGAGGGUCUCGGUGUCAGCGCCUACCUUGGAGCCGCCGCUCUCAUCACCAACAAGGCCUACCUCACCGCCGCUGGUAGCAUUCUGACUGUCGAGGCCCGCCACGACGCCUUCAUCCGCAACAAGCUUGACAUGUCGCCUUUCCCCCAGCCCUUCGAUGUCCCUCUCGACUUCGACCAGGUCUACUCGCUCGCCGCCACCUUGAUCAAGUCUUGCCCUGCUUCCAACCCUACCCUCCCCGUCAAGGCCUUCCCCACCCUCAGCGUGGCCAAGAACACCACCAUGCCCGUUAAGCAGGGCGAGUGGAUUACCUUCGAGCUUGCUGCUGACAUGAAGGUUCCCGAGGGUCCCCUGUUCGUCGCUUUCCCUCUGGCGACUGGCACCAUGUUCUCAGCUGCCAUCGUCAGCGACAUGAUGAUCACUGUCAGAGUCCCUGUUGCCUUCGACGGCCCUGCUGGCGAGUCUUUCGCUAUCCUUACUACCAACGCCACUGCUGUCACUGACGACAACACUGUUGCUGGACCCGCUGUUAUCGAGAUCAUGCCUCUUUCCUCUUAA